UGCAAACACCAUGUUGUAGUUCCUUUUCACUUUUAUCGUUUUUUUUCUAUUCUAAAAUACGCUAUUACAAUGAAAAUGAACCGCAAACAGCCGUUUUUAUUAUUAAUUAUCACGCUGUUAAUACUCCCACAUUACCAUUUGCAAAUUUUUCGAUAUUCUUAAACUGGCAGUGUUUUUAAAGGGUUACACAUUCUUGAUCAACAUGGCAGCGACUUCCUCCUGGCUUCGUUACUGCUCGUUUUUAAUCUUAAUUUCGUGUGCGAUAAAAGUGUGUGGACAAGGGGAAACCACCACCAAGUUUGAUAUACCUACACCACAGCAAACAGAAUCCAAUCCCCCGGCUAGCACCAAAGAGUCCAUCGCUAACAUGACCACUGCCUCAAAUGAGAGCAGUCCCAGUCAAGAAGCGGACCUGACCACAGCACAGCCAACAACCCAGGCUGUGUCCAGCACGGCGAUGCCCAGUUAUCUGGCCGUUUGCCCCAGCUUGGUCAACUGUACCAACUUGAGUGUCGAGUGUCUGGACUGUCAGCUGAAUUCGUCGUGCGUGUAUGGACGAGAGUACAACGUGACCUGCUCUCCCAAACCAGACCUGAAUUGCACAGGAGACCAAGUUUUUAUGAAACGGUUCCGAUGUCGGUACUGCUAUCAGUCAGAUGCCAGCGAACACACUUGUACCCAUAACACCAACUGCAGGGUCAACAGCAACCCGCCCACCAUGGUUCGGGUCAACUGCUCUAUCAACGAUGAUGUCCUCUGUUUAGGUCAGAGGAAGUUUUACAGAAGAAACCGGUGUAACUGGACGUCGGGGUACCGGUGGACCACGGCUCUUACUUUCAGCAUUACAUUAGGUGGUUUUGGCGCAGACAGGUUCUACCUGGGCUACUGGCGGCAGGGUCUGGGCAAACUCUUCAGUUUUGGCGGGCUGGGUGUCUGGACGCUAGUCGAUGUUGUGCUCAUAGCCGUGGGUUACGUGGGGCCAGAGGAUGGCUCCUACUACAUAUGAAGGGCAACAGUAGUGGAGGGUAAAAUGAGCAGGAAGCAAGACACGGUGCAUCUGUUUGUGACUAUCAACUGGGUACUCAUGCUGAACAGUGGUAAUGUUUUUAUCAAUGACGUGCUGCCGAACUAUUCCACCACAGAAAAACAUUUUGACAUGAUUGCAUUCCAAGCUAUUGCAUGAAUACUAUGGAGUCAUGGAGGAUCUGUUGCUGUGCAAAUCAGCCAGCUGGGCCAAACUUCAGGGGCUAAGCUUUCUGUUCAGAAAUUUCUGCAGUCAGUGAACAGGCCAGGGAGGGAUUUGGGCAAAGAUGCGUGAUUUUUGUGGUAGUGAUGCUAGCACAGACUGAUGUUCCUGGGCACGCAAUUCUGCAGCAAGCGGAGAGGUUUUGCAAGAAACUAGCCGGUAGCCUAAGUGAAGUGAAUGUCUACAUCAUCAGUGGAGUUUUGCUUUUUAAACAGGGGAGGUUUGCUCAUUCUAAUCACUAGAGAUCUCUUCAGAACCUCUCACUUCACACCAGGCUGGGUACCUUGAGUCAUUCAAGCAGUGAAGCACAUUUCCAGCACGCUGGUCAUUGAAUUUGAAAAGAUUGAGACUACAUGUAUUGGUAAAAUGAUACAGAUGAAUUCUCUAUCGGUGAAAGCCAUUUGGUUUGAAAAGCUUUUGUGAAUUAAAAAGAAGUUUCAUCAAAUUGGUUUUGAAGACAUUAGAUGUAGUGUAAAUCAAGAAUUGCCCAUGUAAGCUUACAUGUAUUUCCACUGACUGUGAGAGACAUUUGCAAUAUCUGCAGAAUUAUUAGUUCAUAAACCCAACCCGACGAAUGAGCUGCACUUCAGCUCUGCAGAUAGAAAUGACAAAGUGUGGCAAAACCCUUUUGCGGAUGUUAACACUUAUUGUACUAAGAUCACACUGUAAAUACAUGUACAGUAAUUUUUUCAUCAUGAAGCUUUCUUCAUGAAUAAUUUAUUCUGUACAAAGGACAUAUGGAACAUACAUUAAAAGAACCAUUUUAUUAUA